CUCCCUCCCCUCGCUGCUUCUCCUGGGGAUCUCAAGGCGGGGACGAGCGGGUACCUGUGGGGACUCGCCCCAGACUGCGGCGUCCAGGCCCAGCUGCUCGGCGCAGAGGGCUUCGGCCCGGCUCCGGGCGGCGCGUCUGCAGCGGGAGGCACACUAGAUGCUAUUGCACAUGUCAGUUAUAGAGUGUUAACUGUUGCUUCGUCUUUAUCAACACGUGUGCAGAAAGUGUUUCCUGGAGCAGCAGUGUUAUUCAUGUACUUCACAAGUACAUCUACUGCCCAGACUACUGACUGUCUGCACUUGAGAGAGAAAUGUAUAAAUGCUGCAAAUGGCUGUGAGAGUGUCUGGAAUGUUGUUGAAGAUGUCUGCAAUAUUUCAGGUAAUAGAUGCAAGGCAGAAGACGCUAUUGGAUGUAAUAGAAUCAUCCAGGUCCUGGCUGAUGAAUACCCAGAAUUUAAAAACUGUCUCUGCACUACAGACAAUUUCUGUAGCAUCACGACUUUGCUUGGGAAACAGUGCAGCAUUGAUGAAGAAUAUUUGGAAACUUCCUCAAGAUCAGAUACUGAAUUGAGUUUUAAGCAAUACAGAAACCCCAAAGAUGAAAGACACCCAGAAGAAUCAGAGAACGACUGCAGUAUUGCAAAACAACACUGUCGAGAGGACCCUUACUGCUUUUUGGUGUACAAGAGCUUCCAGCGAGCAUGCCAGCUGGAUGCAGCAAAAUGCAGGCUCCCAGUGGUCAACCAGGAGUGUUUGUCAGCGUGGAAAGAACUGAGGAAAACAGUGCUGGGAGAGUGUAAGUGCUCAAAGCCACUUCGGAGGAGAUGCGUUAAAAUAUGGAAGGGAAUAUUUAACAACUCUUGUUUACAACACUCUCAAGAGAGCCAAGCUUCAGCAGCUAGUGAAAAUGAUGAUGAAGAUGAUGAUGAUGAUGAUGAGAAAAAUCACGACACUGAUGCAGAUAAUCUUGGUACAGAAGCAAAAUUACAAUGGAGUUUAUCUGCUCUCUCCAAACAAGCAUACACAGCAAACAGAACCUGUUUGGAUGUGAACAAGGAGUGUGUUGAAGAUGAAGUAUGUAACAAACAGUUGUCCCUGUACCUUAAGAUUUGCUCAGUAAAUAAGAAAUGCAACAUGGAAGAAUGUCAAGCAGCCAUAAGGUUCUUCUAUCGAAACAUGCCUUUUGAAGUCGCCCAAAUGAUGACAUUUUGUGAUUGUAUCCAGCCUGAUGAAUCCUGCCACAAAGCCAAAGAACUUCUCCAUGGCAAACCCUGUGCAGUUACUGCAGUUCCACCUCUAUCAUGUCUGAAAGUAAUCCACAUGUGUGAAGAGAAUGAAUUGUGCAGGAAAACAUACACAACUUUUCGGUCAAAAUGUUGGAGACAUGUGACAAAAAAAUGCUACAAUGAUGAAGCUUGUCUUGAAACUUUAAUCAAGGGUGACAUGCCCUGUUCUGCAAACCCUGAUUGCAAAGCAGCUUACAUUAGCAACUGGGGCACGAUGCUGCGCAUGGAGUGUACCUGCCAGAAUUUACCUCCAGCGGAGCAGUCUUUGUGCCAGCUCUUUCUUCACAUGCUUCACAGCAAAUCCUGCUUCAGUGCAUUACGUGAGUAA